GCAUGGAGCUGUUCCAAGCCAAGGACCACUACAUCCUGCAGCGGGGCGAGCGCGCGCUGUGGUGCAGCCGCCGCGACGGCGCCCUGCAGCUGCGACCCGCUACGGAUUUACUUCUUGCAUGGAAUCCCAUUUGUUUGGGGUUGGUAGAAGGUGUUAUUGGGAAAAUUCAACUUCACUCAGAUCUUCCAUGGUGGCUUAUUUUAAUUCGGCAGAAAGCGUCAGUGGGAAAACUUCCAGGAGACCAUGAAGUCUGUAAAGUUACCAAGAUUGCUGUGUUGUCCCUUUCUGAAAUGGAACCUCAGGAUCUUGAGCUAGAGCUUUGUAAGAAGCAUCAUUUUGGAAUUAACAAACCAGAAAAAAUUAUACCAUCUCCUGAUGACUCGAAGUUUCUGCUGAAGACCUUUACACAUAUUAAAUCCAAUGUGUCUGCUCCAAAUAAAAAGAAAGUUAAAGAAAGUAAAGAAAAGGAGAAGUUGGAGAGGAGAUUACUUGAGGAGCUGCUAAAGAUGUUCAUGGACUCAGAAUCCUUUUUUUAUAGCUUGACUUAUGACCUGACCAAUUCAGUGCAAAGGCAGAGCACUGGGCAGCAGGAUCCUCGUCCGCUCUGGCAGAAGGUUGAUGAUCGAUUCUUUUGGAAUAAAUACAUGAUACAAGAUCUGACUGAGAUUGGUACACCAGAUGUGGACUUUUGGAUUAUCCCAAUUAUUCAAGGUUUUGUGCAGAUUGAAGAACUUGUGGUUAAUUAUACAGAAUCAUCUGAUGAUGAGAAAAGCAGCCCUGAAACUCCCCCUCAGGAUUCCACUUGUGUAGAUGACAUUCAUCCACGAUUUCUAGUUGCUCUCAUUUCACGCCGAAGUAGGCACAGAGCAGGAAUGCGCUAUAAACGAAGAGGAGUAGAUAAAAAUGGAAAUGUUGCAAAUUAUGUGGAGACUGAACAGUUAAUUCAUGUCCACAACCAUACCUUGUCAUUUAUUCAGACAAGAGGCUCAGUACCUGUCUUUUGGAGCCAAGUUGGGUAUCGAUAUAAUCCAAGACCUCGGCUUGACAAAAGUGAAAAGGAAACUGUUGCCUAUUUCUGUGCCCAUUUCGAAGAACAACUGAAAAUUUACAAAAAACAGGUCAUUGUUAACUUAGUGGACCAGACAGGAAGAGAGAAGAUUAUCGGUGAUGCUUACCUAAAGCAGGUGCUGCUCUUUAACAACUCACAGCUCACUUACGUGUCUUUUGACUUCCAUGAACACUGCCGUGGAAUGAAGUUUGAGAAUGUUCAAACACUAACAGAUGCAAUUCAUGACAUUAUUCUUGACAUGAAGUGGUGUUGGGUUGAUCAAGCUGGGGUAAUAUGUAAGCAAGAAGGGAUUUUUCGAGUAAAUUGCAUGGACUGUCUGGAUCGUACCAACGUAGUCCAAGCUGCCAUCGCACGAGUAGUCAUGGAGCAGCAGCUGAAAAAAUUAGGUGUAAUGCCCCCAGAACAGCCACUGCCAGUGAAAUGCAAUCGCAUCUAUCAGAUAAUGUGGGCCAAUAAUGGUGAUGCCAUCAGCAGACAGUAUGCGGGGACAGCCGCUCUGAAGGGCGACUUCACAAGGACAGGAGAAAGGAAGUUGGUGGGCGUGAUGAAGGAUGGCGUGAAUUCAGCCAAUAGGUAUUACCUGAAUCGAUUUAAGGAUGCUUACAGGCAAGCAGUUAUAGAUUUGAUGCAAGGCAUCCCAGUGACAGAAGAUCUUUAUUCCAUAUUUACCAAGGAGAAAGAGCAUGAAGCUUUGCAUAAGGAAAGUCAGAGGAGCCACCAGGAACUAAUCAGUCAGCUGUUACAAAGUUACAUGAAGCUGCUCCUGCCUGAUGAUGAAAAGUUCCAUGGGGGCUGGGCCCUCAUCGACUGUGACCCCAGCCUCAUAGAUGCCACUCACCGAGACGUGGAUGUGCUGCUUCUGCUUUCCAGUUCUGCCUACUAUGUGGCCUAUUACGAUGAUGAAGUUGAUAAAGUAAAUCAGUAUCAACGACUAAGUCUGGAAGAUCUUGAAAAAAUAGAAAUAGGUCCAGAACCCACUCUUUUUGGCAAGCCGAAGUUCUCCUGCAUGCGAUUGCAUUACAGAUACAAAGAAGCAAGUGGCUACUUCCACACGCUGAGAGCUGUCAUGCGCAAUCCAGAAGAAGAUGGGAAAGAUACCCUGCAGUGCAUUGCAGAGAUGCUGCGGAUCACCAAGCAAGCAAUGGGGUCAGAUGUACCAAUAAUGGAGAAAAAACUUGAGAGGCAAAGCAGUAAACCACAUGAAGACAUCAUUGGCAUUCGCUCUCAAAACCAAGGCUCUCUGGCCCAAGGGAAAAAAUUUUUAAUGAGCAAAUUCUCCUCUCUAAAUCAGAAAGUAAAACAGACAAAAUCCAACGUAAGUAUUGGCAAUCUACGAAAACUAGGUAACUUUACAAAACCCGAAAUGAAAGUUAACUUUCUAAAACCAAAUUUAAAAGUCAACCUUUGGAAGUCAGACAGUAGCCUUGAGGCCCUGGAAAGUGUAGGUGCGGCUGAGGGCGAGCUCCAGGCGGAGUCAGACGGGGAAGUGUCUUCGGAGAAUGACUCCUUCCACUCAGAUGAGUUCCUCAGCAGCUCCAGGUGUGAUGGAGACCAGCAGGUAGCUGGCUCCUUAGAGAAUGUGGGGCCAGUAGACUAUGUUCUUCCCAGCUGUGGCAUUAUUGCUUCAGCCCCGAGGUUGGGUGGUCGAUCCCAGUCCAUCAGCAGCACUGAGGGCAGCAUUCACGGAAGUGGGCUCGAAAAAGGUUGUGUGCCUCCUGUGAAGAAGAGUCCCUCUGCUGACCAUAUACACAGACUGGCUGGGGGUGCCAAGCCGAUGGAGAUCUACUGCCACAGAUUUGUACAUGACGCACAACACAAAAUGAUCCGGCAGUCGGAGAGCAGGUCUGUGUCUCAGCAGGUUGGUGAGGACAGAGUGACCAAUCAAGUUGCUCACGAAGAAAUCCAAACUCCAUCAGAGUCAGUGGGACAGGUACCGUCUCGGCCGUCCCAGUUAGAUGUGUCUUUAGCAGGCCCACAACUUUUGUCCGUUGAAACUGCACACGUAGUGGUAUCUGAAAAGACCCCAGGUUCUGGAUCCAGCAUGCUUGAACUUGAGACAGGGCUUCACAUGACUCCUUCUCCCUCUGAAAGCAGUAGCAGCAGAGCCGUCUCUCCCUUUGCCAAGAUUCGAAGCUCCAUGGUCCAGGUAGCUAAUAUUACCCAAGCAGGACUAACCCAAGGCAUCAACUUUGCAGUGGCAAAGGUUCAGAAAAGCCCCGCAGAACCGGAAGUAGUUAAUGAAGUCCAGCAAAAUGAAUUUAAGAGUAUGUUUACACAGUGCCAGACACGAAUAAUCCAGAUUUAAUUUCUAGUCAGAGAGAAUCCUGUGGCUUAAAAGACUUCCAAGCUAGGACAGGGGUUAAGGUGUUUGUCUUGCCUAUGAUUGACCCUGGUUCAGUUCCCAGCACCUUAUCCCUAAGCACCGCUGGGUGUGCCCCAACCUUCCCCUCUAAAAUAGGCUGUACUGUGAUUUUGAAUGUAGGAAUAACAAAUCCUAAUUAAGUCUGUUGGGAAACAUUUUGAAACAUUUUGAAAGAAGUCAGAACUUGAGGGAUUUCCCAAUUUAGAAGUGGGGAUAGCAGAAAUGUAUCGUUCUAGAAUGUGCAGACAAAGAAAGCAGUGGCUUUCUUUGAAAGAAAUUAGGACUGGAUUAUCUGGAGACGUAAUAGCCUAUCAUUUUUUGGUGGAACAGGUAGAGUGACGCAGAUGACGUAUAAAAAUGGAUGUGAUCCCAUUUAGCAAAUUAGUGCUUCAUAAUUUGAUGUCAGUUUCUAAGUAUUACCUCAACAGGAUAUUUAGUUUAUUUGAAUAAAAUACUCCUAGUUUAAAAAAUUGAACUGAGUUACUUGAUUUGGCACUGCAGUCAAGAAAUACGCCCAUUUUAACUAGCACACCCUUACCCCUACACUCAUAUUCUGCUUAAACAUAUUUAAAAUGUU